AUGCCAAAGAGUAAUUUUUCAGCUUUAAAGUAUAGAGAAGAGGUGGCGUUAUACAAAGAGCACGCGGCAAAGCUUCACAGUCACCAGAAGCCAAACAUCAGCUCUUAUGCAAAAACCCACAACUUAGGCUAUAAACGUCUCCUCCGCGCCUAUAAGAACGCGCCUACGCGCAGCGAUAAAAAGCCAACCAAUUAUCGGCUGAAUGACGCCCAAGAUCUUGCCCUUGAGCGCUACCUUAACGCAAUCAAUGCUAUCGGCUUCGGUAUACAUCACCGCAUGAUCGCGCAACAAGCCUACGCGUUGCUUCAAGAGUCGUACAUGGGACCAGACGAAUCACCGACGCCACUAGGUCAUAACUGGGCUCGACGCUGGCUACAGAGGCAUCCAAAGUAC